UUGUAGGUCACACCAAAAAUGAGUUUUAAAACCGCGCCAAAAAUUUCUCAGCGCGAGAAAUUCGAAUUAAUUAACUCAGAAGUGCGUUCCUUUUAUGAAUAUUGUAAGGAAGCCGGAAUUAGCGAUGAAGAGAUGGACAUCAUAUGUCGCCCUUUGACGAACGCUGUACGGAAGGCGUCAAUCAAAAGAUGGACCAGGGCCUUCCUGGUUCUUGUAAUGAUAAUAGCGAUUGGAUAUACUGUGAGCCAGACCGAUACUUUUCAAUGGCAUGCUACGGCAAUCGCAAGAAUAACAUUGAUAAAGUUACUACCGGUCUGGGAUUGGACGCCUCUGUAUUAUAAUAAGUGUCUCAUUGAAAGAUCGCAGCCGCAGAAUCUGGAUAAUGAUGUUGUUUCAACGUCUGAUUGUAUUACAUGUGAAACGAUAAGAAACAUCGCUCGAGUAUCAGAUACGACUUACAACGAGGUUUUCAACCAUCACUUGCUCAGAGGUGCACCAGUGAUCGUCACGGAUGCCUAUUACGAUUGGUCAGUCUCCGAACUGAACAUAACUAAUUUCAUUAGCAGUGAUGACAGACUCCGAGAUUCCGUUCCCUGCAGGAUCCUCACAAACAUACGUAUUGGUAAACAGCCUAUGGACUUAGAAGAAGUAGUUACCAGAAUAACUAACACCGACAUACCGAGCUGGUUUGUUCAUUUCCAGAACUGCGAUAUUCGGGCAGUGAAAUCCCUCAGAAUCCUUGCCCCGAGGCCUUACUUCCUCGCCCCCCACAUUCCCCCAUCACACUUUAAUUGGCUGUUGUUAUCGAAGAACUACGAUACCCAUAGAUUUAAGCACUUGGAACUUGACAUAGGUCUGAUUAUUAUGUCUCAGUUGAGGGGAAAAACGUACGUUCAAUUGAGACCAAGAGCCCCCUGUGAAGACAUCUGUUAUACUUUGAAUGUUCAGUUGAAUGAGGGCGAUACCCUGGUCCUGAGCAAUUCUCUGUGGGAAUUGGACUAUUUUCCGGGGAAGGGCGAAAACAUGGCGAUGAUCACUGAGACGGACUGGAUCGAGUCAUAAUACACGUACUUAUCUGUAGCGGAAAAAUUAUAAUAGCGUUUCAUGUCAUAUUCACGUAGAUUAAAAAGUUAGCACGUUUUUGAAAUGGCACUCUCUUCGUAGUAUAUUUAAAUGUUUUCUAAGCACGUAUUCAAAGGUUAUAAUAUAUAUAUUCAUUGACAAGGAACUUCUAAUUACAGACGCGUAAUAUGAAAAUAAAACAUUUAUUCUAAACUAAUGGUUUUACCAUUAAUCCGACUAAAAUGUUGCCAGUAUAAAAAAUAAUGUGCAAAAGAAUAUAACAAAGUAUUUUAAGAGAAUUUGUAAAACGGUGUUAUGUCAAAAUAAAGUUAAAUUUUUUUAGGCUCUUUGAAAAGAAAGCGUUAUCUGUUCUCUCGUGGAAAUUUAAAUAUAUAAACGCUCUCUAAGCGCGACAUUUAAUUUUAUCUGAUUACAACAAAAAUAAUGUUUUUAAUUAAUUUGAAAUUUAAAGGUCGCCUCAUACAACAAUCAAAAUUUCGCAAUUUUUUUUUCUAAGCGCUUAAAAUUUACGACACAAAAGUCGCCUCCACUAGACUAUUUUAAGCUCGGCGUUAAUGUCAGUUAGUCAAGUUUUGCCUUAUACAUGUAUUGUUCUAGUUGUAGUAAACUGUUGCUGUUUUUUUAUA